AUGGCCGAGGCUCUUCCCGUCUCUUCGUCUGGUCCUCCAGCUCAGUCGUCUGUGUCUCAGCCUCCGUUCGCCUCUUCCUCGCCAGGUAUUCCCUCUUCACCUUCCAUUGUUCCAUCUAGUUUGUUCCGUGGGACUCGGGUCAAGUCUGUUGCCCACAAGAAAAAAUCCUCUCGUCUGUCCGCUCAGGCUUCUAGACGAGUUACUCGCGCCUCCAUUAAUCUUGGGUCUUCCUCUUCACCACCUCAGCCCACGUCUGACCCUGUACCUUCUCCUCCUCCUCGUAAUAAGUCUAAGGUGUCUAGUGGUCCUCCUUCAGGACCUCCGCAUUCCAAAUCAUCCUCGGCUGGUGGUGAGUCUGAUCCUAACUCUGCCUAUUUUUUUGUCAGUCGUUUUGCUGAAAAGAGGUUUAAAGAUUUUGUGUCAUUUCGUCGUUUGCAUGUUGAAACUUCUGUUGUGUUAGAAGAUUUCCCUAGGCUUCUUGCUCUUCUCGAGUCUCGUCAUUGGGUUAACACUGUCUCUGGUCUUGUCAUGCCUUCCCAGAAUCUGGUCCGGGAAUUUUAUUCUAAUAUUGAAAAAUCUUUGCUUGAUGCUCAGCAUCCAAAUCGGUUUACUAUAUUUUGUAGGGGUAAGCGUGUUUCUUUUGCUCCAUCCACUAUUAGGGCUUUACUGAAUAUACCUUUGGUUACUGAUGCUAUCUAUAAUGCUGAGUAUGCUCCUGAUUUAAACCAAGUGGGUCGUGAGUUGACAGGUCAAUCAGAUUUUUGCUGGAAUGAGGUUUCUAAUGAUUUUCCUACUCCAUCUUUAACUAGCUUCUAUCGUGUGUUGCUUAAGGUUGCUCUAACAAAUUGGAUUCCCAAUUCUCAUACUUCUACAGUCACUGCUGAUAUUGGGCGUUUUCUUUAUGCUGUGGGCACUGGUGUUACCAUAGAUUUGUCUGUGCUAAUCUUUGACAGGGUGUAUCAAGCUUUUCUGACCAAGAGUCGUCGGUUGUUUCUUCCUUUUCCCUGCUUGGUUCACAAGGUUACAUUGGCUGCUCAUCCUAAGUUUACCUCACAAGAUGUGUUCUUACCUCUUCCGGUUCUUGACAAGUCGUUUCAGCCUCUGUCCUCAAAGCCUGUUCCUCCUCCACAGCCUCUGAAAUAUCCUCUUUUGAAGGGUUUACCUCCUGCCUCUUGGAAAUACAAGUUGUUUGAACUGCUUUACUCUCAGCAAUCACAGUUAGACAGUCUUCAGAGUUCUUUGCUGCAAUCUCAACAGCGUUCCAAGGCUUUUGAACGACGGGUUUUGGCUCAAUUGGCUGGUCUUCGUCAGGUUGUUCAGACUUUUUCUCCUUCUGUUGUUCAGGGGGCUGGUUCAGUGCCUCAGUCUGCUCAUUCUCCGGCUAAUUCCCAGGGGGAGUUGUCUCCUACUGCAUCUGAUAAGGCUCCGGGUCCUGUCUAG